GCGGUCGGACGUCGCGGCAGCUGCGACGUCUCUGGAGGCCCCAGUGCGUGUCCUGCGUCUGCUUUGCACGGUCUCACCAGCUGCAGCACUCCCUCCGUGGUCUGUCGAGAGGAGAACAAUGGUUUUGCAGAGGGCUGCUUUGACUCUCCUGCUGGCUGUACUUCUUGCUGCGAAAUCAGAAGGUGCGAACUGCAAGCAGAACGAGGUGUGCAUCAACAUCCGGCGGUGCGACGAGCUGCUGUCGCUGCUGUCGCGGAGGAACGAGCCGGGCGUGACGCAGCGGCUGCGGGACUCGCUGUGCGGCUACGAGGGUUCGGACCCGCGCGUCUGCUGCCCGCGCCAGGAGGCGCAGCUGCAGGGCCGCACCGCCAUCCCGGUGCCCGGCGAGCCGGCGCCCGGCCGCUGCGGCUACAGCAACACCACGCACGUCCGCAUCAUAGGCGGCAAGAAGGCCGAGCUCGGGGCAUGGCCGUGGCUGACGGCGCUCAUCUACCGUGGCAGCAACGGGCCGCGCGUGCUGUGCGGCGGCGCGCUCAUCACCGACCAGCACGUGCUCACCGCCGCCCACUGCGUCUACAACAGAUCCGACCUAUAUAAAGUUCGAAUUGGAGAUCUCAAUCUUCUCGCAGAGGACGAUGGUGCUACGCCCAUAGAAUCAGAUAUACUGGAAAAGAAGAUGCAUGAAGGGUAUCGCAAGGGUCGGUUUGAGAAUGACAUCGCAAUUCUUAAACUGAAAGACAAAAUUCCUUUCUCAUUUUAUCUGCAUCCAAUUUGCUUGCCGCUCGCUGACGAUCUGAGAUCAAACGCUUUCGUCAGGUACAAUCCUUUCAUAGCCGGAUGGGGAGCCAUCGAGUUUCGCGGGCCUUCAAGCGCAGAUCUCCUGGAAACACAGCUGCCAGUCGUUGAACCAGAGACAUGCGAGAAGGCGUACGAACGGUUUAGUGCGGCAGUAAUUGACGACAGGGUUCUGUGCGCCGGAUUUGCUAAGGGCGGGAAGGAUGCUUGCCAGGGAGACUCUGGCGGUCCUCUGAUGCUCCCACAGGGCAGGAUAUUCUACACCAUCGGGGUUGUGUCCUACGGCCACAACUGCGCCGAACCGGGAGUCCCAGGAGUAUACACGAGGGUCACAAAAUUCCUUGACUGGAUCAAGAACAAUAUUGACUGAAUCAUCAAACUCUGUUUCAGUUGUUAAUGAAACAAAACUUUAACACUAAUAAACUUUUUUAAUUCAUUGUUAA